CGACGUAGAGCUUAAUCGCGUUGGGAGACCAGAGAAAAUGUCGUUGCUCGAAAGGUACGGCAUACCGGUCGAGCAUCUUUCGUACGAAUACAUUUCCGAAUGCACGAAUGGGAAAAAGCUGGAGCGCUUAGUAACUAUACUUCGUUCUGGCGAAGAAGGCUAUUACCCGGAUUUAACGAAACACGCGGAGGAACGUUUGGCUGUCGUUAAACCGACGAGUACGGUUUUGAGAAAAACCGAACCCAUUCUCAGGCGAGGUAUGCUAGAACCGAGCGAGUGCAAGAAAAUUGAUACGGACAUCAACGAUUGGACAUCCGAAAUGCAGUCACGGGAAAAGGAUUUAGAGGAAGGAAAGGCUACCUUGGACUUGGAAUCACUUCCUCAGCCGGAUGUCAGGCAAUUUAUCGAAGAACCUGUAAAAAAAAAUAUAACGAAUACGAGAAGCGCUGAUAAAAUAAAGCGAAUCGCUUCCUGCGAUUACUCUGCGUGGGAUAAGUACGACGUCGACACAGAAUUGAAUAAAAUAGAUAUUCGAGACGAACAGAGGCUGGUUGAAGCUAAAAGACUUCAGCUAAAACAGAAGGGAGUAAUUGAAAAAAAGAAACUCGAUAAGCAGACAAUCAUUAACAAAUCAUCGUUGACUGGGACCGAAAUAAACGUCAUGGCGGAACAGGAAAGGGAAAAAGGAAACGAGGCGUUCAGGUCUAGAGACUAUGAAGAAGCUCUCGAACAUUACGAUACUAGUAUUAAGAUAGACUCGAAUAUAACUGCGUACAACAAUCGCGCGAUAACGUAUAUUAAACUUCAGCAAUACAAAAAGGCUCUCAACGACUGCAAUAUUGUACUUAGCAUAGAAUACACUAAUAUUAAAGCCCUUCUGAGGAGAGCUAUGGCUUUAGAGCAUCUCGAAAAUCCGUCUAAGGCUUUGGCAGACUACGAAGCGGUUUUGAGAUUGGAACCAACGAAUCCGAGCGCGAUAGCUGGAGUAAAGAAGUUGAGGAAACCUUGCAGAUCUAAAAAAGUGAGAAUGGCUAUAGUGGAACACGAAGGAAGGAACGAAGGAGAGUGUAACGAGGUGGAAAAAGAUCAAAGUUUCUGUCAGCAAUUCGCGUCGAAAUUAGCUAUCGAGAAUGAUAUAUGUUUCUGCGACAGGGCGCCAGGGCCGUCGCAAAACCUGAGACCCAGACCGCACUUCAAAACAGAUUAUUGCCUGGAGAACGAUAACAGUAAAAGUGUAGCGAUUAAAAACGACACUUCAAAGAAAGCUGACUCGUCAGAAAUUUUAACUUCUUGUUGUAAUUUCCCGCAAGAAAGGAAUUCCUCGUUCGCAAAACCAAAAUCAAUAUUUUCUUACGCGAUGCCUUCCGAGCGAGGUAACUCAGUUAUCAUCGAGGAAUUACCUAACGAGCCUUGCAACAAUAACUCCAUUAUCGUAGAAAGCAAAUCAGUCGAAACGACUGUCGGUAAAAAUGAUUCCAAUACAAAUACGGCGAAUAAAAAGAACAUGUGCGAAAACGUGGAAAAUAUCAAUAAAAAUCACAAAGAAAAUUGCAACUUGAUCAAUGGAAUGUCUUCCUCGAGGAAAAUGCCAAUUGCUGAGGAAUUCGAAAACUGUAUCUCAAAGAAUUUUAAUAAUAUCGAAAGCACCUACGAAUUUACGCGCGUAUGGCGGUCGUUGAAAAAUGAUUUUGAUUUAGAAAUGCACGCUCGGUUGCUGCGGUCUGUGGACGUCGAUAAGUUAGGCGCAGUUUUAGGCAACGAACUAGACGGAAAUAUGUUCAGUACGAUUCUACGUUGCCUGGAGCGUCAUUUUUGUACGCCUAAUGACACGGAGUUGCUUAACAAUUUUUUGAAUUCGGUCACUCGGGUUAACCGUUUCUCGAUCGUGAAUAUGUUCAUGGAUACGGAAGACAAAACAAUCAUCACAAACAUAUUGAACUUCUUAGAAGAGCACGGGACGUCAGGAGUUUCGUCAUUGCGGCGAAUUUAUCGCGUCUAAGAAUACCACUAGUUUUUAGAUGAUUUGAAUCAGUCAUGCAUCAUAGUAACAAUACACAAG